AUGAAGAAUUUUCUUCUGAUUUUCGUCAUUUUCCAAAUUUUCUCAAUAAUUAUGGUUUCGACUGAAAGUCCAGGUAAUUUUUGAAUUUUUUGAAUUUCGCGCCUUGAAAAUUCAGGGGGAAAUUUGAAUUUUUGAAUUUUCUAGGGCUUUUAAAAUUUUUCUGGGCUUCUGAAGGCUUCUCCAGACCUCAAAAAAGCCCAAAAUUUAAAUUUUUUUCAAUUUUCCAAGGCGCGAAAUUCAAAAAUUCGAAAAAAAAAUUCGUCACUCAUCAAAAAAGUUGCCAUUUUGUGAGGGAGUCAAUUUCCUUUGUGGUCAGCUAGAAAAAAAUUAUUUUUCAUUUUUUUUUCGUAUGAAAAAAAUUCCCAAGUGACCGGGAAAAAGAAUUUUUUUGAGUUAAAAACAUGACGUAUUUUGAUGAGGAAAAACUUCAAAAAUCAUAGAUUACAGACCUAUUUUUAGGCCUGAAAGUGGGCCUAAAAGGCUUUAGUUUAAGGCUUAGAGUUAGGCUAUUUUAAAGCUAAAUUUUCUAGGCUUCUCAGGCUUUUAGGGCUUGAUAAGGCCCAAUUUUUCUCCAAAAACAAAAUUUUUGCAAAAAAAAUCGUCACUCGCAAUUUUUAGCGAAAAAAAUUGAAAAAAUAAUUAUUUUCCAGAAGAUCAGAUAAAAAUUCAAUUUUUUUCGCUUUGAAAAAAUCUGGAUUGAAAAUUUGAAUUUUUUUUUGAAAAAAAAAAUCCACGUGGCAUUUUUGGCGCCAAAAAAUUCAAAAAUGUUCCAGAAUCGCUCUAUCUUCGCCCUCGUCGCUCUGGAAUUUUAUUCGGAAAAUUGGCGCGAAAUUGGGUCACCGAUGAUAAGCGAAUCGUUUUGAGACCUUUGACGGACACUUUUCAAAAUUCCGAUUUUUAUUAUCGAUAA